GUGGCCGUCGCACCUCAGGAGUCAGGCGCUCCAUUCUUUGAAGACCAGCGCACGCAGCACCGGCGACGCAAUCGUCAAGGCCCGCUGAAACCGUACAAGGAAAGAGGAAACUACUCCCAAAAUCUCGGCGUCUCGCCGGCGGCCGCCACCGCGAUGAUCAGCAUCCUCGCGCAGGAGCGCCUCCUAGGGUUCGCCCUGGGCUCCGUCUCCAUGGGCGGCUUCGUCCUUCACCAGCGCCGCGCUAUAUACCGCUCCCUUGCUGAAGCUGACACGGCCGCUGGGGCGCCAUUCGCCUAUCAGACAAGUGAAAUCACCAGUAGGAGGGGCUCAGCUGACUUGGCUCACGUAUGGAACAAGGCAGUGGACGAAACCCUUGGCCGGCUUGUUGUAUAUCUUAGCUCUCGUGGAUGGUAAUCCAAGCACUGCAUUUGGAGCCAAACGCUACUCCCGAUUUACGUUGUCAUUGUGCUAAUUUAUGACAAUGUGCCAUGACAUUUCUUUGUACCCAUGGUUGAACAUAAUGAUUUCUUUUGCUUUAAAAAUGGGAAGAUACAGUCAUUAAUCCGCGAUGCCUUCCUGUUACACAUCUCCCUGGAUAUAUUUGUAUAUUCAGGGUCUAUACACUCUUAACCCUGUUGAAGUGGUUCAUUGUCAAAGCAAUUUUCUGGUGUCGGUAAUGCA